CAGUGUCUUUAAGAAUGCUGGAUCUGCUGUUUCAUUUCCUACCACGUCCAAAUCUCGUCUUAAAGAAACAAAGUCAAAACUAGCACUGCCUUCAGUGCAAGCUGAAGAUUCUCGAACAGUUGAUGGAUGCUUUGUUACUGAGGAUUCUGACAUACCUGUUGCGGGUGGUGACAACAAUGUUAAUUUUUUCGCUGCAGAGAAUCAAGUGACAGAUAUUGAGGUUAAUCCGGUAAUGGAGGAAGCACCAAAUAUGUACCUGCUGCAAGAUCCACUAGAUUGCAACUGUUUGACCCGCUUAACUCUACUCGCCAAUACACCUGCCGCUUCAUCUUUUCCGACAGAGUCUGAGCUAGCACUGGCUUCCGUAUCUCCAGCAUUAGGAAAGGAAGUCAGUAAUCAUCUCACAAGAUGUUAUUCUAAUGGAAUGACAUCUAACACUAUAACAGCCAUAAAUGGUAACCGCGAUGGUUAUAGUGCGUACACUGCAAUAAAUCGAGUAGAAGAAGAAACGACUGGUGAGGUCGUAGACUCAAAUAUGUUGUGUGUCUUGCCAGACUCAAAUAUGUUCCAUGUCCCGCCAGACUUAAAUGUGUUCUGUGUCCCGCCAGAGCUACUAGGGCUCUCCCCAUUACACUUGCAGAUGCAAUCUGUUUACAUGCCCUACAGUGUUGCCAAUGACUCAAUUUACCUUGGUGAUGAGGUGCCUUUUCAAUAUGGGACGAAUGUGCCAGCUGCCUUUACGUCUGACUUAUGUGGUCCUCCCUCCUUAUUCAGAUGAGUUCCUUCGGAUCUGGCUUAGUUCCUUCAUAAUGAUUCUAGCAAUCAAAAGAAUCUCGCUUACAGGGUCGUCCUGUAGGCAGGAUAGAUAGAUAGAUUGAGGGGGUGUUUGUUAAACACCACACCACCACACCGCACUGUUCAUGGGAAAAAAAAAAUAAUGAUUGAUAUGGGAAAAUGAAAAAGUGGUAUUGGAAAGUAGAAAAUUUUGUUUUGUAGUGUUUUUUUUUAUUUGAAUAGUAAUAAAAAGUAAAUGAUGUGAUAUAAAAAGUAAAUAAUUUAAUAUAAAAGUAAGAAUGUUUUUUUUUAGAAAAAAUGAAGUGAAUAGUGUGGUGGAAUGUGGGGGGAUGGGGUGGGGUUUAACAAACAAGGCCUGAGCCCUAGAGCAACAAAUUUGAGUGAUGCUUUUUAUAUAUUUGGGUUAAAUACUUUUUUACCCCCUAUAGUUUAACUUUAUGUUUUGCCCCCUAUGGUUUAACUUUAUUUUUUGUCCCCUAUAGUUUAACUUUAUGUUUUGCCCCCUAUGGUUUAAUUUUAUUUUUGGCCCCCCUAUAGUUUAACUUUAUGUUUUGCCCCCUAUGGUUUAAUUUUAUUUUUGGCCCCCCUAUAGUUUAACUUUAUGUUUUGUCCUUAUGGUUUAACUUUAUUUUUUGCCCCCUCAGUUUCGUUUUGCAUCACAGAUGGUAGGAGUGUACAGCCCCUUAGUUUCGUUUUGUAUAACCGCCCCACAACUACUAACCGUUAACCGCAUAAUCACAUAACCGCAUAACCGCUUUGGUAGGCAGUUAUAAAAAAUGCUAACCGCCCCGCCCUAGGCGGUUAGAGGUUUUAGGGGUAGGGAAAAAGCGGUUAACAACCGCUAACUGCCUACCCUUAUAUAUAAUAAUAUAAAUAUAUGUUAUAUAUUUUAUAUUAAAAAUAUAACAUUAAAACGACGCCUGUGUCGUUUUAAAUACGAGUUGGGGAUAGAGUUUCAUCAUAUUCAUUAUUUUUUGUAACACUUUGACCCAAAAAUAUUUAAAAUAAGCACAAUGAAGGCCCAAAACACCUCUAAAAGCUCAUAUAAAAAAAAGGUUAUAAAACUGCCGAUUAUUGGCUUAAUAAUCGCUAACUCUCGGUUAUAAAAUAACUGCUAACUGCCUAAGUGGAGUUGUUGCGGUUAUUGAAAAUUCAAUAACCGCCUUAGGUGGUUGUGGUUAGUGGUUUUAGCCAAUAACCGCAACUGCUUGUACACCCCUAAUAGAUGAUACCUCAAUAAUGGUUAAAAACAAAGAUAGUACUUCCGGCCAAAAAUUGACGGAAAUUCAUGUCAGCACCCCCAAAAAAUUGACAUCUUUCUACAUCCAUAGUUAAAAAUUUAAAAAGCUAAAAUGAUUAAAAACAUUAAAAAAUUUAAUUAAAUAAUAAAAAAUAUAUAAUUAAAAAAAAAGGGGUAGUGCCACCCCUUUUGGGCAAAAUGAAGGAUGGCUGGCCACCCCCAUGGAGGUAGUUGAAGCCACCCCUGGC